CUAGGAUAUGGAUUGGAUGUCGACUUGUUAUCGACACGGCCGCCGCGCCGCCGCCAACUGAUCGACGACCCCGUAAAUCUCAGCGCGCAACUCCUUUCCUCCGUGGGAGGCAAUUGCGCGCGCGAUCGUACUGGCUGGUGCGGAUGGAUCCUGUAGAGGCGGAGGAGGCGCAGACGGAGCCCCCGGACGAGGAGGAGGAAGAAGGAUUCGCUGAGAGAGAUCCUACCGGGCGCUUCAUCCGUUACGAUGAGAUCGUGGGAUCGGGGACCGUCAAAAUUGUCUACAGAGCUUUCGACAAGUUGGAGGGUGUUGAGGUUGCAUGGAGCCAAUCACGAAUUAAUGAUUCUGUCAUGGGUUGCUCGCAAAAGAUGGAGCAACUGAACACGGAGAUCCAACUGUUGAGGACACUAAGGCACAAAAACAUUGUGAAGUUGUUUGCCUCUUGGAUUGACGAGGAGAAGGGGAUUGUUAACAUUAUUACUGAAUACUUCACAUCUGGCAGCUUGAGACAGUAUCGCACAAAACAUAAGAAAUUGGACAUGAAGGCUAUGAGACGAUGGGCAAUACAGAUACUAACAGCGCUAGAAUAUUUACACAGCCAGAAUCCGGCCAUCAUACAUAGAGACUUAAAGUGUGAUAAUAUAUUCAUAAAUGGAAAUUAUGGGAAAGUGAAGAUUGGUGAUUUUGGUUUGGCAACAUUCAUGCAACAACAAAAAACAAGAAGUGUAAAAGGCACAUUAGAAUUUAUGGCACCAGAGCUCUACACUGGGAAUUACAAUGAGCUCGUGGAUGUGUAUGCUUUUGGGAUGUGCAUGCUUGAACUGGUUACUUGUGAAUAUCCUUAUAGUGAAUGUCAAGGCAUGGGUCAUAUAUUCAAGAACGUUUCUCAAGGUAAGAAACCAGCUGCUCUCUACAAGGUUAAAGAUUCAGAAGUAAGAUCCUUCAUUGAGAACUGUUUAGCUCCAGCAGCUGAAAGACUUUCUGCAAGUGAGCUCUUGAGGAGUUCUUUCCUCCAGAAUGAUAGUUCGCUCUCAUCACCUCCAUUUUCAGUCUCCAUGGUUGAGAUUGAGAAUGUCACUAGAGAUGGUGAUCAGUUUGACAGUUUUGUGUUUCGGAAGGGAGAAUUUCUGCUGAAUGGAAACAUGGAAGUUACCAACCCUGUCCAUCUGUGGCUAAGGUUUCCCGAUCCAUGCGGUGGUUCCAAAGCUGUCCAGUUCCCUUUGGACGUGGCUAAGGAUACUGGACUUUCUAUUGCCAUGGAAAUGGCUGAGCAGGUUGAACUGCCACAAGGGGGCAUAGAGAUCAUAACGGAGUUGAUUGGUGCAUUCAUGCUCAUCCUGAUUCGUCAUUGGAGAUCCAGAGUUAGAACGCCAUAAUACAGCACUGCUUCCCCCCAAGCGCUGUUACUGUAUCUUUAUCUCAAUUUAGUAGAACAUAGGAUAGGAGUCCAUGUUCAGCCUCUUCUGCGUGUAGACUUGUCAGUGCCUGCAAGAUGUGCUGCUUAACAUGGCAUUUUGCAGUUGAUGAUGACGAAAUUCAAAGGACUGUAUUUUAUUCCAUUUUUUUAGUGUCAGGAAAGAACAGAACAUUGAGUUGGAGCAAGUUUGAUUCCGCCUUGUAGUCGAUGAUCUUUGUUUUUCUUUUU